CUCUCUCACGUCUCGGCAGGCUUGGCGACGCCAUGUUUCAAGGGCAGCGCGGUUGGUUUUGCGGUAGCGUUAGCCGCGAUCUGAGGCAAUUCUGGGUGGCUGAAGGGGGAACGAUCAGUGACCCGCGAGCCGCCGACUUCUUGUUCAGCUGUGAUGCCUCGCACCCAGACACGCUGAGAAUAUAUCAGAGCCUUGAUUACAUAGAAGAUAAUGCUACAGUUUUUCAUGCCUACUAUCUCUCUGCAGUAGCUAAUGCCGAAAUAAAAAACUCGGUGGCUUUGGGUCAUUUCAUUCUUCCUCCUGCGUGCCUGCAAAAAGAAAUAAGAAGAAAAAUUGGUAGUUUUAUUUGGGAACAAGACCAACAUUUUCUGAUAGAAAAGCAUGAUGAAGUAACACCAAAUGAAAUAAAGACCCUUAGGGAAAACAGUGAACUAGCAACAGAGCACAAAAAAGAAUUAUCCGAAAGCCCAGAAAAGCAUUUGAUAAGAACUCCAGUUGUAGAAAAGCAGAUGUACUUCCCUCUACAGAAUUACCCAGUUAACAACAUGGUAACAGGUUAUAUAUCAAUUGAUGCCAUGAAGAAAUUCCUUGGGGAGCUACAUGACUUCAUUCCUGGAAGUUCAGGAUAUUUGGCAUAUCAUGUUCAAAAUGAAAUUAAUAUGUCUGCUAUAAAAAACAAAUUGAAGAAGAAAUAUUAAAUUAAAUUGUAAAUAUCUUGGCACUUAUUUUCUAUAAAAUAUUAUCGAGAUGUGCAUAAUGUAAAAUGCUCCCUUUUGGUACUGGGGGAUAGAGAAAUGGGAAAUAAUUUUUCUGUUUCUCAGAAUAUAUCUUCAGGAAAUACAGAAUCAUUUUGCUUCUGUGUUUUGACAUUUUUUCCCCUAGCUUUUAACAAUAUGUUCAAAUAUUCUCAAUGCAGAGUUGUUAAGGAGUAAUUGUCAUUAAAAUACAUUUCAUAAGAAAUCUCAAUCUCAAACUCUCCAUCUCUCAAUCCUCCUCCUCCUCCUGUCUCUCUCUUUCUCUUUCUUGCUUUCUCUUCUCUCUCUCUCUUUCUCUCCUCCCCUUCUCUCUUUCUGUCUUUCAAAUGUUCUUUUGGCUUUAACAUUCUAUUAAUUAUAUAUUUUCUAGAUUGAAUACUGUGAAUGCUAAGUUUUAUUAUUCUGGUCAUCUUAUUUUGAUUUUAAAAAUUAGGAUGCUAGUUGAAUUCUGAAUUACUGUUUCUGAUUUGAAACAUGAAGAAAAACAUUUUAAUAAUUCAUAUUUCAUGUUGGAUGGUUUCUGAUAAUAAAUAUUUCAAAAGCGACUUAACAUAAA